CGAAAACUGCAGACUUUUCCGGGGAAAAUGGUAAAUACUGUCUACAGUGAUGAGGAAAGGGGAAUCCAAGACAAGGAAGGCAAGGAGGAGUCCAUCUUGGCCAUGCUGGGCAUCAUUGGGACCAUCCUCAACCUGGUAGUCAUCAUCUUUGUCUACAUCUACACCACCUUGUAG